AUGUACCUCCAUGAAUCAUUUUCUGUUAUAACAGGGUUCUACACACCUUCCUCGUGCCUUCAUCAGUAUCACCUCAUUACCAACUAUGUGACCUGGACUGAUGCCCAGAGUUACUGCAGAGAGAAUUACACUGAUCUGGCUACAGUAGAUGGCAUGGAGGACCUGAACAGGCUGAUUACCAGUGGCAGUGAUUAUGAUCUGAUUUGGAUCGGACUGAAGAAGGGAGACUCCAUGAAGUGGCACUGGUCUCUGUCAGACAGACGUUUCUACAGAGAGGGGGAGACUGAAUUAAGAAACUGGGACACUGGGACGCCCCAACAUGGUAACUGUGCUUUAAUGAGUACAGCUGGUCUGUGGAACAACACCUCCUGUGAUGACCAGCAUCACUUCAUCUGUUAUGAUGGUGAGUGUUUACAUACUAAUGAUGAAGCCUGUUCUAAGUGCUGGAGAAAACAAGACACCAACCUAACAUACGUCUUAAUUCAGGAGAACAAGACCUGGAUAGAUGCUCAGAGUUACUGCAGACAGAAUCACACAGACCUGGUCAGUGUGAGGAACCAGACUGAGAACACAGAGAUAAGGAAGAAUAUAUCACUGAGGGGACUUCCUGUGUGGAUCGGUCUGUUUCAAGACUCCUGGAUAUGGUCAGACCAGAGUGACUCCUCAUUCAGAAACUGGCCCAGCUGUGGAGACCCCUGA